CUCAAGCAGGAAGCGGGUGGAGACGCGAGCMCCGCGGCCUCGACGGGAGACGGGCAAGUGAGGGGACGGGCCGUUGCUCUCCGCCCGGCGGGGCCUCCGCGGCUGUACCGGUGUGAGGGAGCUCGCUCGCCCYCGGCGCCCCGCCCCGGGACACGCCCAGAGACCGGCGGGUGUUGUAGUUCCUGCCCAGGUGCAACCCGGCCGCCGCAUGCCCACGCAGACUACCACUCCCGGCAUGCCUCGCGCCCCGCCGCCCAAUCGCGGCGCGCUUUGUUGCGGGGGUGCGGCACGCGCGGAGGYCCCGUUCAAGAUGGCGGACGACAGUGAGACAGCAGUGAGGCGGCCACCGGCGAGGACUCCGCGGCCGGCGGCGGAGGAGAACGACCACGAGCAUUGCAGCGACUGCGAGAACGAGGCGGAGCAUGGCUCCAACCGGGGGGGCCUGAGUCCAGCAAAUGACAGYGGAGCCAAAAAGAAGAAAAAGAAACCCAAACGGAAGAAAGAGAAAGGAGGAGGAGACCAGGCCGACCAGGCUCAGGACCAGCCAGUGAAGGUGAACUCUUUACCUGCUGAGAGGAUCCAGGAGAUUCAAAAAGCCAUCGAGCUCUUCUCCGUAGGUCAGGGCCCUGCCAAAACCAUGGAGGAGGCCAGCAAGAGGAGCUACCAGUUCUGGGACACACAGCCAGUGCCCAAGCUAGGAGAAGUGGUGAACACCCAUGGUCCRGUGGAGCCAGACAAGGACAAUAUCCGUCAGGAGCCAUACACCCUGCCCCAGGGCUUCACCUGGGAUGCCCUGGACCUGGGGGACAGAGGUGUGCUGAAGGAGCUCUACACGCUGCUCAAYGAGAACUACGUGGAGGACGAUGACAACAUGUUCCGCUUCGAUUACUCGCCCGAGUUCCUGCUGUGGGCACUGCGUCCUCCAGGCUGGCUGCCCCAGUGGCACUGCGGGGUCCGAGUGGUCUCCAGCAAGAAGCUGGUGGGAUUUAUCAGCGCCAUCCCAGCCACCAUCCACAUCUAUGACACAGAGAAGAAGAUGGUGGAGAUAAACUUCCUGUGUGUGCACAAAAAGCUGCGCUCCAAACGGGUGGCUCCGGUUCUGAUCCGUGAGAUCACACGGAGGGUGCAUCUGGAGGGGAUCUUCCAGGCUGUUUACACUGCAGGAGUGGUGCUGCCAAAGCCUGUGGGGACUUGCAGGUAUUGGCACCGCUCCCUGAACCCUCGGAAACUCAUCGAGGUCAAAUUUUCCCACCUGAGCAGGAACAUGACUAUGCAACGUACCACGAAGCUUUACCGGCUGCCCGAGACUCCCAAGACUCCCGGCUUGCGGCCCAUGGAGCACAGGGACAUCUCAGCUGUGCACAAGCUCUUGACCGAGUACCUGAAGCAGUUCCACCUGACGCCCGUGAUGAGCCGAGAGGAGGUGGAGCACUGGUUCUUACCUCAGGAGAACAUCAUUGACACCUUUGUGGUAGAGAGUGCCCCGGGGGAGGUGACAGACUUCCUGAGCUUCUACACGCUGCCCUCCACCAUCAUGAACCACCCGACCCACAAGAGCCUGAAAGCUGCUUAUUCCUUCUACAACGUUCACACCAAGACGCCUCUCAUCGACCUCAUGAGUGACGCGCUCAUCCUCGCCAAGUCGAAAGGAUUCGACGUCUUCAAUGCACUGGAUCUCAUGGAAAACAAAACCUUCCUGGAGAAGCUGAAGUUUGGGAUCGGUGACGGGAACCUGCAGUAUUACCUGUACAAUUGGAAGUGUCCCAGCAUGGCACCAGAGAAGGUCGGAUUGGUGCUGCAGUAAGGGAGCCCUUGCCAGGAGAGCGUGGAGGAGCUGGGCCUGUGGAGGUGCUGCCCUCAUCCUUUCUGCCAAAGCUGGACCCACGCCGGGAGAGGGGGACCGGAGCCGCCGCCGUCCCCGCCGCCAUCAGCCGUCUCCUCGUUUGGUUUAAUUGCAUCCUCGUAAAGACAUGAUCAAGGGAAUGUAACUGCUGAAACUAGAUCAUGAUUGGCGUAUAAUGGAUUUCACGGGUCAAUAAUAAAAGUAUAUAUUAUA